UUACUGAAGAUCUCAAAAUGGGGCCUGCUGAAAAUGACUGAAUAUAAACUUGUGGUAGUUGGAGCUGGUGGCGUAGGCAAGAGUGCCUUGACGAUACAGCUAAUUCAGAAUCACUUUGUGGAUGAAUAUGAUCCUACGAUAGAGGAUUCCUACAGAAAACAAGUAGUAAUUGAUGGAGAAACCUGUCUCUUGGAUAUUCUCGACACAGCAGGUCAAGAGGAGUACAGUGCAAUGAGGGACCAGUACAUGAGGACUGGGGAGGGCUUUCUUUGUGUAUUUGCCAUAAAUAAUACUAAAUCAUUUGAAGAUAUUCACCAUUAUAGAGAACAAAUAAAAAGAGUUAAAGACUCUGAAGAUGUACCUAUGGUCCUAGUAGGAAAUAAAUGUGAUUUGCCUUCUAGAACAGUAGAUACAAAACAGGCUCAGGACUUAGCAAGAAGUUAUGGAAUUCCUUUUAUUGAAACAUCAGCAAAGACAAGACAGAGAGUGGAGGAUGCUUUUUAUACAUUGGUGAGAGAGAUCCGACAAUACAGAUUGAAAAAAAUCAGCAAAGAAGAAAAGACCCCUGGCUGUGUGAAAAUUAAAAAAUGCAUUGUAAUGGGUGUUGAUGAUGCCUUCUAUACAUUAGUUCGAGAAAUUCGAAAACAUAAAGAAAAGAUGAGCAAAGAUGGUAAAAAGAAGAAAAAGAAGUCAAAGACAAAGUGUAUAAUUAUGUAAAUACAAUUUGUACUUUUUUCUUAAGGCAUACUUAAGUAAAAGUGGUAAUUUUUGUACAUUACACUAAAUUAUUAGCAUUCGUUUUAGCAUUACCUAAUUUACUUUCUGCUCCAUCCAAACUGUUAGCUUUUAUCUUGAAUGCUUAUUUUAAAAUGACAGUGGAAACCUUUUUUUCCUCUAAGUGCCAGUAUUCCCUGAGUUUUGGUUUUUUAACUAGCAAUGCCUGUGAAAAAGAAACUGAAUACCUGAGAUUUCUGUCUCGGGGUUUUUGGUGCAUGCAGUUUAUUACUUCCUAUUUUUCUUACCAAUUGUGAACUUUGGUGUGAAACAAAUUAAUGAAGUUUUGAAUCAUCCCAGUUCUGUGUUUUAUCUACUCACAUACAUGGAUUAAUUACUAAUCAUAAUUAAAGUUGAGAUUUCAGUUGAAAUUUCAUGAUUGGUUUUACCGAAACAUUGAGGGAACACGAAUUUCUGGGCUUCUUGUAGCUUCGUCUUAUAGGAAUCAUGUCCUCUAGUUUCAGUCACCCUUAAUGAAUGUAAAGUUAACUAUUACCAGAGGUUUUCUUCCUCUUUCCACUGCUAUUUGUCAUAGUCAUGCUCCCCAAAAUAUUAUAUUUUUUCUAUAAAAAGGGAAAAAAUGGAAAAAAAUACAAGGCAAUGAAAAAUAUUAAAAGGCCAUUUACUUUCCACAUUCGAUAAAUUCCUAUAAUACUCUGCAUAGCUUUUCCUGUUAAGGCAGACCCAGUAUGUAAUGAGGAUUAUAGCAACCAUUUGGGGGCUAUAUUUACAUGCUACUAAAUGUUUGUAAUAAUUGAAAAAAUUUUAACAUAAAAAUUCUCAUAGGAAUUAAAUGUAGUCUUCUUGUGUCAGAUUGCUUUUUCUUAGCAUAACUUUAAAUCUUUUCUUGAACUUCAGUCUUUGAAAAUACUUUUAAUUCUGGUAGUGAUUUUAAAGGUUAUUUGGGCCAAUUAGUAUAGUAGGUGUUAAAGUGACCAAGGUUGAAGGCCAGGCCCUGUGUGAACCUUUGAGCUUCACUGAGAGUUUCACAGUAUGGAGUGCAUUCCUAUGGUCUUCCAGUGAUUCCAUGCAUUGGUUGGUCAAAAAUGGGGACUAGGAGGAAGUUUGGCUAGCUCAGCAAGAUACAUUCUGACUGUGUGGUGGUUCUGCUGACAGAUCAGAACAUCACUUUAAAAAAAUAAAUGAAACACUAGACUUUAAAAAAUAUAUAUUUUAAAUGAGAUUUGAGUGUGGAAGUGGGGCAAGAUUUUAAUUUUUUUUUUAAAACAAUUAAAAAGCUUCAAAAUCUCUAGUAUUAGCUAGUUCUCUUAACACUGGCUAAAGUAACAUUUCAUGAACACUUUAAGUCUAGUCUAUAUUUAGGAAUAUCUAAUGCUUAAAAAUAGAUAAAUUAACAAAAUGAUUCAGUGUAUUUAAAAUGUUACUUUAAAAUAUUUGAAGUGUGAUGGUAUGUUGAGGUGAAAAUAUCACUGGAUUAGGAAGAAGGUGACUUAGGUUCUAGUUAUAUGACUUUUACAACUACAUUUUGGGGCAAAUCACUAUUCACGUUAAAAGAAGUCAUCUCAAGCCUAUAUCUAGCAUUCAAUUAUGUGAUUUACAUUCAGUUUAUGUAAAAAUAUACCUGUUUGUCAAUUUCAGCACACUGUAAACUUUUACUUAUUACCAUCUUCAGUGCCAGUCUAGGCAAAAUUGUGCAAGAGGUGAAGUUUAUGUUUGAAUAUCCUCUCUUCACUUUCAGGACUCCUCUUCCUUAUUAGUGUCAUCUUGCCUGCCUACCCUUACUGCCCAAGGACUUGAUACUUUUUCUUUUUAAUACUUCUCAUUCCCCUAACCUCAAGAUUCAUUGCUGUUUUGGAUACCUCUUUGAAGGCUUCCCAUCAAGUCACAUCAAAAUGCCCUACAUCUUAUUUCCACAGGCUCAACAUAAUUUGACAGAUACUAUAAUGGAAUUUGACCUAAUAGAUAAUUUUCAGUUGGUGGCUGUAGUAAUUUAAUCUGGAUCCUUUGAACGUCAUCUCUUUGCUGCCUGGUCAUUAGUGACUACAUAGGAAUUUUCAUACCUCCUAUGAGUAGACAGAACCCUCUCUAGUAGGAAGAAUUAUUUAAUAAAGGUAGUGCUGAAGAAUUCCUUACGUAAUCUGUAAGACUAGCCCUAAGAAGUGAUACAUUCCAUUGUUUUAAUAGCCACAAUUUUAAAGUGAAAAAUACUUUAAUUCAUAAGACUUUUUAGCACUGUUCAUUAUUCAACAAAUAUUUGAGUGCCUACUACACAAGGCACUGGGGAUAUUAUGGUAUAAAGGACAUAAUCCCUAUCCUUAAAUGCUUACAUUCCAGAAUGGUCUAGAAUAUCUUCAUGAGGCAUUUGGCAUAUGACCCAGAGAUAACAUAAUGCAUAUUUUAGUUUUGUAAGGAAGGGAUUUGGUCUCUAAGAUUUCUUCUAAUUCUGGAGUACUUUGCUUUGAUUCCAAUGAAACUUUUUAAUCAAGUUAGUUUAUAUAAGUCACUUUACUUCAUUCUUUUAAAGGAAUAAACAAUUAUAUAUAUAUUUAUUUGGCAUAAUUAUGUAAUUCUGUUGGGACAGUUAUAGUACGCAUUAAGUUGUAUGUCAGAUAAUAUUAAAAUUCCUAAGUAAUAUUCUAGUUGGUCUUGUUGUAUAAGUAAUUAAAAUAGACUUUUAAAAUGAAAUAUUGAAUUCAGAAUAGUUUUAUCUGGGUACGAAUAAACAGAUACCUGAACUAAUUCAAAGAAAAGGAAACGUGUGUAAAAAUUAGUAAUACUUCUAUGCCUCGCUUUGGCAACACAUAUAUUAAAAAGAUUUCUGAAAUGCUAUGCUAAACAGGUUUAUGGAACAUUAGGUAGGAUGUUAAGACUUACAGUACCUCCUCUUGUUUCUACACAAGAGAAAGAAAUGGCCAUACUUCAAGAAUUGCAGUGCAAUUCUGAGUGAGGGGAUUUUUAGAACAACUGAAUUUUUGAUAUAGCUGGGCAGUUUUUUUCCAGGCAGUGGAAUUAUCCUUUAUUAUGUGAAUUUUGAAUGAUUUGACAAAACCUUUGUUUUCGUAGAGAUUUUAAAAAGGUAGAGAUAAUCCUAGAAUUAACAUAAAUAUUAUCUAAUACAGCCUUAAAGGUAAACAUUCUUGAAGUUGAAAAAAAAUUGCUAAAUUACAUAGUUUUAGACAUUAACAUGUUUGUGGAAGAAAAUAGCAGAAGUAUGUAGUAUAAUUUGAGUGAACAUUCCCAGUUAGGAACUCUAGGUUCCAUUUUAACUGAGUCACACUGCAUAGGAAUUUAGAACCUAAUUUUUAUAGGUUAUCAAAACCUUUGCCACCAUUGCACAAUUUUGUCCUAAUACGUAUAGAAAUGUUGAGGCAUGUUAAGUUACAGUUUGCACAAGUUCAUCUCAUUUGUAUUCGUGAUUUUUUUUCCUUCUAGCUAUUUUUUUAAAACAAUAUAUACACAUUCAGGUUUUUUAUAGGCAAUAAAAACUCAUUUACAUUUGUCAAAAAAGUAAUAAUUCCUUGAUAAUUAUGUAUUAAUGAAUUUUAAAAAUCCAUCAGUUACCAUAAAAUGAAUUUAGAUUUACUAACUUCUGUGUUAAUACUGGGAAGCAUGAAAUCUGCAUUGAUAAACUGAACAGUGUAUAACUGGUAGCUGUAAAUUCCUUCAGAAAUUGAAAAUUAUUUCUAAAGAUAUAUUCACAUCAGUUCUUUAAAAAUAGUCAUAACUAGAUUACUACUUUAGUUUAAUAGUUUUAAGUGCCUGUUUGGGAUGAUGCUAGGUAAUUUGGAUGAAUUUAGGAAAAACAAAGUUAUUACCUGAAAAAAUGUCAAUGACAGAGGGUCUCCCUCCCCCUACAGCUAAAUGGGUUAUUUAAUGUUUAAUCUAAAAGUUUCCAGUUCCACUGUCUUGUGUUUUCAUGUUGAAAAUAACUUUUGCAUUUUUCCUUUGAGUGCCAAUUUCUUACUAGUACUAUUUCUUAAUGUAACAUGUUUACCUGGAAUGUAUUUUAACUAUUUUUGUAUAGUGUAAACAAACAUGCACAUUUUGUACAUUGUGCUUUUUUUUGUGUGGGACAUAUGCAGUGUGAUCUAGUUGUUUUCCAUCAUUUGGUUGCGCUGACCUAGGAAUGUUGGUCAUAUCAAACAUUAAAUUUAAAAAAUGACCACUCUUUUAAUUAACUUUUAAAUGUUUAUAGGAGUAUGUGCUGUGAAGUGAUCUGAAAUUUGUAAUAUUUUUGUCAUGAACUGUACUGCUCCUAAUUAUUGUAAUGUAAUAAAAAUAGUUAUGGUGAC